GGGUUUGUAACAUCAUAUCGACCAAAUCAAUAACAACAUAUUUUCAUAUUAAAAUAAUUAUUUUUGGAAUUCUCUGUAUUUAGAAUUUUUAAAAAGGUUAUUUUUUGCUUCCGGGCCUGUAAAUUUGAUAAAAUGUUUCAAAUUAGGGUUUCUUCUUUCGUUUUACAAAACUAAAGAGGCAUUUGGGGAUUAGGGAUUAGAAGUCUGAAGCUAUUGUAAGCGAAGGCUGAAGAAAUCUUUUGAGUUGUGGUGAUCUUUACAAAAUGUCGGCUGGGGCUGGACUUGAAAAUCUUGUAGAUCAAAUCAUUUCUGUGAUAACAAAUGAUGGGCGCAAUAUACUGGGAAUUUUAAAAGGUUUUGAUCAGGCUACAAAUAUUAUUCUCGAUGAAUCUCAUGAACGUGUGUAUUCCACAAAGGAAGGUGUGCAGCAACUUGUCCUAGGUCUGUACAUCAUCAGGGGGGAUAACAUAAGCAUCGUUGGCGAGGUAGAUGAAGAGCUGGACGCAAGCUUGGAUCUUUCGAAACUGAGAGCUCAUCCCCUGAAGCCUGUUAUACACUAGUUUGUUUAAAUUAAAUGAGUCGCUGUCCAAGUUGAAUGUUGUACGAAAAAUUUGUUCUUGGAUUAAAAAAUAGAAUCUAUUAAUUGCCAUAAUCAAAAUUUUGAGAUUCAGAUUUUAA